AUGCCUCUCUUUAUAAACAGGGACCGAAUAUUUGCGCACCAGGUGCACCUGCUGGAGCACAAGCUGAGGAGUAAAGAGGAGCGAAUACUGGAACUGGAGACAGAGAAUGCUAUUCUUCAUUUAAGACUGGCCGAGUGUCUGGGGAAACUCAGACGUGAACAGGAAGAGGAGACCAAGGCCCUGAACCACCAUCAGCACCAGAGGAAUGCACAGAAGAUAACACGGUCAGCGCUGGCUAAACUCCUUCCUGAAGUCCAGGCCGUGAAGCAGGACUUGAGUGAAGUUUUCGCAGUGUAUUUGAGUUUCGCCACGGAGCUGGAGGAGCAGAGAAAGCAGCUGCUGGAAAAGGUGGGGCAAGCCAGCUGUUCUGUAAAUGGUCACCGUGGAGAUGAGGUUAAGAACUUACAAGCUCAUGUUGAAGCUCUGGAGCGCUCUCUGGAGGAGGAGAAGGAGAGGUGCAGGGCGGAGAGGCAGAGGAGGAAAGAACUCCAUAACACACUGGUGGAGUUGAGAGGGAACAUCAGGGUUCACUGCAGGGUGCGACCAGUUUUACCAUUUGACCAUGUCCAGUCCUCCACCUCUGGAUCAGGGCCCGCAUCAUCAGAAGAAGUGGUCUCUGCAAUCAGUGAUGACACAGUGAUGGUGAAUUGCAUCAAAAUGGGGCACAACAAGAUGUUUGAGUUCGAGAGAGUGCACGGACCAGAGGACUCCCAGGAUGCCGUGUUUGAGGAAGUCAGGCCGCUCCUCACAUCCCUGCUGGACGGCUAUAAUGUGUGUAUCAUGGCGUAUGGGCAGACAGGCAGUGGGAAGACUCACACUAUGAUGGGAUCCCAGCCCCUGGAGGCACACUUAGGGACGCAGCAGGAGACACAGCGGGGUAUUAUCCCCAAGGCAGCUGCUGAGCUCUUUCGGCUGAUCUCUAAGAAGCCUGCAGAGAGCCACACGGUGGAGGUGUCAGUGAUGGAGGUGUACAACAACGAGGUGUUUGACCUCCUGGCCAGAGACGAGCAGGGAAACGCUGCCGGCCAGCGCCGGGAUGUCAUCACCACCUCCUCUGGUACCAGCCAGGUCACGUCCCUCACAUAUGAGCCUGUGUGUAAUGCCUCUGAGGUGAUGCAGAUCAUCAGCAGCGUUCUGAAACUCAGAGCUCACUGUCCCACCCUCGUCCACACCGACUCUUCGCGCUCUCACCUCAUCGUCACCCUCACCAUUUCCUCCAAGAGCCCCAAUGCACUGGCCCUGGCCCGCAGGCUACAGAGUGCCAAGAAGGACUUGCAGCGCUCCCCCCAGAAGGAGUGGUGGAGUCCACGCUGUCGUCGUGCCAACCCUGCCGCCCGCCACUCAUCUGACGAGCUCUUUGCCAGCCCUGUCUCCUCUCCCGGCCCUUCCCCUUCCCAUUCCCCAUGUCCCUCCCCCAGGCCCAGCAUCUCGCAGGAUCUGUUCAGGACCAAGCUCCAGCUGGUGGACCUGGCGGGGAGUGAGUGUGUCGGUAUGUCUGGAGUCUCGGGUGCAGCUCUGUGGGAGGUUUCCUGUAUCAACCGUAGUCUCUCAGCUCUGUCUGACGUACUGGGAGCUCUGGCUGAGCAGAGACCACAUGUCCCCUACAGGAACAGCAAACUCACUCAUCUGCUACAGGAUGCCAUAGGUGGCGACGCCAAGCUGCUGGUGAUGCUGUGCGUCUCUCCCACGCAGCGCUUCAUAACGGAGUCUCUGCAGUCCCUGGGCUUAGGCACACGGGCCCGUCAGGUCCAGAAGGAGCCGCCUCGGAGGAAGAAUAACACCCUCAAAGUGAAGUGACAAGACGGGGAAAGAGACGUCACCCUCCGCAGGUGCUGUGGCAACAUCGAUCCUUUUUUAUCAGUCAUGCCAACCGGUCACAUUUGACGGUAUAAGAUCCAUACCUGCGAAGUUACUUCGUAUGUGGGCCCUGUUCACAGCCUUAAGCAGUACGACAAUAUCCUACUGCAGUUAUUAGGCAUCAUAUUUAAUAAGUAGGUUACUAGUUUCUGCAUCCUCAUUCAUUUUAGCAGGGCUAAUUUAAUUUUUUUAGACCUCUGGACCCUACAGUUAUAGCUACAGUAGUUGUGCAAUAUCCUAUUUCUUACUCCUAGUGGUUAGUUUAUUGAGGAAAUAGGUUUUGCCAGCAUUGUUCAUAUAUUUCUGCUUUAAAUAUAUCCUGGAAACAUUAAAUGUCUUAUAGGGCUGUCUGAAUGAAUACUUGUAUGAUGCUUGAAUGUAAAACGGAUUGUUAGUGUGUAAAUAACUAAUUACCAAGUAGUUAUGAAUGACACAUUAACAAAGGUUUGGUAAGAAUAACUCAAUUUACUAUAAAAUCAGUGUAUUUAGCACAUUUCUAUUAGGCUGUAGAUGCCAAUAGCCAACAGUCCUGUGUAUGCAACCGCUUCCUGACUGAAGUAGUCUUACAUGUUCUGCUGUAAAUACAUUUCAGUACUUGCUGCUCAUGCCAUGCCUUCUCUUUUUUUAGUGCUUUGGGUGCAGCUAUGUUUAUACAGUA